GAAAACACAGCACAGCGAAGAGGAUCAAAAGUGUUCAAGUUUUGCAGUAGAACAGUAGCAGUGACUAGCGGCUGCAGAAAAUUUUAUAAAAAAUUGUGUUUUUCUGCACGAUCCCGGCAGGCGACGGAUUGUAAUCGCAAUUGAUUCUAUCGUGACGGUACGUAGUGCGUCGAGUUCUGUAAAGUUUUCGGAAAACACGGGUGAAAUUUCGGAUUCGGUUCCUGACUGAGUACUGGGAAAACGAGCAGAAAAAUUGUGUAUUUUCUAGGAUACACAUACGAUCAGUGCUAGUGGAAGCGAAUAAACGGCAGGUCAUCACCUUCCACAUCGUCCCCCAGUAGAUCUAACAGUAAAACUCGAGCCAGCAAAAUGAGUGACCGCAAGGCAGUGAUCAAGAACGCCGACAUGGGCGAAGAAAUGCAGCAGGAUGCGGUGGAUUGUGCGACACAAGCCCUGGAAAAAUACAAUAUCGAGAAGGACAUUGCCGCGUACAUCAAGAAGGAGUUCGACAAGAAGUACAAUCCCACCUGGCAUUGCAUCGUCGGCCGGAACUUUGGUUCGUACGUUACGCACGAAACGCGCCAUUUUAUUUACUUCUACCUGGGACAAGUCGCCAUCCUUUUAUUUAAGAGCGGUUAAGGAACGGAGCUAGAACCUUAUUUUUUUCAGAAGUAGUGCGUAAUUGUUGUAUACAGAGCGAAACCAGAGGGAUAACAUAAGUAGUAGCAGAAAGCAAAUCGAUCAGCAGUGCAGCAGCAGCAGCAGAAGCAGCAACCGAGUAGAGACAGGCAACCGCAAAGCAGGAACACAUUCUAUUUACUAUUACUUCUACUAUUAUCGAUAAUUAUUAUAACCAUUUGCCCAACAACCAAAACCGACGAUGUCGAUAGGUGACACCUGGGUUGCGAAAGAAAAGGGCAGCUGGCAACCGGGUACGGCUUUGUGAAUAUGUUCGUUAACCAAAUUACGAUGCCUGGAACAAAAGGCGCAGUCCAGGUUCACUAAGAUAACAAGCCAGCGUUAGUAGAGCAGAGUACCGGCACUUCGAGAAGAUGUUCGAUAUGUAGUUACAUUCACUUUCCGAACCAUUUAUAGCAAACAACAAAAUCAUUAAAGACGCUAGAUCUUUGGAAGCAGAACGAUUUAGAAGCACUUUAUAAAAUAGAAGAGUAGAUAAUUGAUGAUUAAUUGAUUCCAGUCGAUUUUUAAUUCAAUCCCUAAAUUAACCUGAUUAGAACAAAUUGAUUUUGUUUUGUAUUACCUACAUACAAAUUAUAAAAAAAUUCGUUAAAAUGUUUGUUCUUUUUGAGAGCCUCUUUAUUCAGUAAAUGAGCCAGAUUGAACUGACGAAGAAACAGUAAGUUAAUAAAUAGCGUUAACUGUGGAACAUGGAGAAGCGCGCACGGUCGUGCAGUUUCAUUUUAUAAUGGUUAAUGAGCAUUCUUGUCGCACUAUUAUACAGUCAGUCAUGUGAAUAUCAAUAUGAAGUUCCCUGUCAUAUUUUUUGCCCGAUUCAAUAUGUUUAUAAACUCCCAUGUUGUCGUUGUUUGAGACCAAUAUUUAACGUCAAAAUAUUCAUCGCUCUUUACCAAUCGUGCUGUGUGUACUCCCCGUGAAGUGCAGUAAAACAUUCUGCCGUAUCGUCAAUGUAUGUACGUGUGAUUAUUCCCGAUAAGAAAAAGCAAAUAAUACUCGAGAUAAAUUUUUGAAAUUUUUAACGAAAUGUUCAACUUCUCAAAAAGUUUCGUCACCAGUUCAAGCAGUUAGUCUACACAUUUUCCAGUCCACGCAUGCAACUUAUCAACAACCAGUCAAUAGUCAGUGAACGAAGAUUGAAAGUUGUUCAAAAAACGUUAAAACGGUAGAAUGAUUUUAGGCCUCCUGGUUUGGUUAAAGCAGCGGGAGGAGCGAAAAAAUAACAGGCAGUUUACUUAUAUAAAUUUUUUUUUGACAGAAUUAAAAAGAAGUAAAACAUAAUAUUUAUUUUGCACAAUAGCGCUAAGUCAGAAAAAGUAUGAAUUGAUCUCGAGUGUCCGAGCGCGGACAGUCGACAUAAAUGCCUCGUUGAAUUAUUCACUCCAUAGUUUGUUUCCACAUAUGUGUCCGUUACAAAUGCAGCCGACCACGUAUUAAACAUUCAACAAAAAAAUAAAGGGUGAAAAAUAUUGCACAUGCCGAAGUUCAAACGAUUAAUUUCAAACACACACAAACAGCGUGAAAAAAAGAUACCAACAGAUUUAAAUUUACCGCGUCAACUCAAUUUAUGUACUUCUCAUUAGCUAUUAUAUGAAUGGAAAUAUUACAGUAUUUUUGUGUAAAGAAAAACAAAUUGCAGAAAAAAAAAACAAAAACAUGCCGAACACUCAUAUUGGAGAUAGAAGCUAUUAAAACUGAAUCGUAUAAAUGAAAAAAAUAAAACAGGAAAACACAUUUC